CGUGGGGGUGAGGGAAAGGCGUCAGACAGCGAUUGCUGCAGCGGCGACAGCGGUUUGUCCGGGAUUCUGGUGUUUCUCCCCAUCUCGCUUUAGUCCUGUCCCUUCAGGCCUGCGGGGAAUUGCCCGCUGUCUGAGCAUGCAGACAAUAAAAACUGCUGGGGGAGGGUGUGAUGGGCAAGGAAAGAGACCCUGAAAGACACCUGGGUAAGCUGUCCCACAAAAUGUCUGUGGCUGCAGAUUCUGGUGCUCAGGGAAAAGGCAAGUGCAGAGUGUGUCUGAGGAGCUCAGGAAGUGGAAUUUCAUCCCUUAAGAAAGAGUCAAAUCUUCCUCAUCCCUACAAAAGUUGCAGGACCCACAAAGUCAGACUUAACCUUUUUGCCAUAUACUUUUGCCAUCAGUUCUAUAGCCAGGUAUGGGGUCAGGUGGGACUCCGUUCCACAUCAUGAAGCAGAAGCUUUGAAUGAGUUAAUCAUCAGAGUUGCUUUGGAUGGAAAUGGAAAUGACUAAGCACACCACAUUCCUGAAGCAUUACUUGUUUUGAUAUAAAAUCUGCUUGUCUGGUUCUGCCCAUGUCUUUCAGCCAUCUGAAUGACACAUUUUUGUUCAGAAAAAGUUCAGGUCUGUUGUGGAGCUGAACAGAAUGAGAGUAGCUGAAAGCUCUGGGAGUCCUUCCUGCUGCACUGGCUGUCCCCUCAUCCUUUUAGGACAGCUUCCCUAGCCUUCCCAAGACCAGAAGCUGCCUUGUAUUGGGCUACCAACAGAGGAGGCUUAAUGGCAAGGAGUUCUGUCAUUUCUUAGGUGUCUUAGAACCACGUGGCUCGUAAAAGGAGCAAAAGAUUGCUUCAGAACUGCAUGGGCUUGCCAGAUUGUUGAUUUGCUUGUUCUCAUGCCUGUUGUACAGCAGGAUAAGGUUGCACUAGGAGGCAGUUCUUGCAGGACUCAGGGGCUCUUGGAUGCCCCUGGAUGCUUUGGAGUCUCCUGCCAGCUUGAUGCAUGCAAGACACAGGUGAAACUGGGCAAAACUGGAGAUGGGGUGUUUGUAAGCACGUUGGCACUUGCCAUGCACCCAACAGAGACAGGUGACAGUAGCUUCUCCCGCUCUGCUGUGCAGACCCUCUCUCGGAGCCACUGCCGCAACAUCAAACAGAAGAUCUCCCAGUGGGAAGGGAGAACACAAGGGUGCUCCAGCAAGGAGAAACAGCAGUUGAAUGAUUUUGGAGUAAAAUAUGAUCCAGGCUGCAAUGUUCUGUCCAAAGUGAAGCCUGAAGAUACACAGAAGGGCAGAAAGGCUGGGUCUAAAGAUCCAAAGAACUUGGGUUUGGACUUCAGGGAAAAUGCAAGGAGUUGCUUGCAAACUGCUGACUGUGGUGACCUCGAGUCCUGUGCGUGCAGCCAUGCUCCCCAGGCCAAGGAGAAUGGGAAAUGGCAAGCAGGUUUCCCAGACCCAGGGGAGGCAUUGCCCCCAGGCAACUUCUACACUUUGCAAGGGCUUUGGAGGAAAGUAGACCCUAGCACAGCCCUGCCAGUUCCUGUGGACCUUCAGAAGAAGUGGGGGAAUUGUGGCUUCACAGAAAGAGAACGGAAAGCCGAAGGAGUGGAAUUGUUCUGCGGGGCAGAGAGGAAUGUGAAAAACUCUUACUUGGAGGCUGUGGAGCAAGAGAAGAAGUUGGCUGCAGUCCCGCCACCCAAGCCCCGUAGGACUUUCCGCUAUCUUGCAGAAAACUGUGCCAGCAGCUGCAGCGAUGCCAGUGCUACCAAGGAAGCUCCCCUGGAAAAGAGACGUGGAGGAGAUCUGGUUUCGUUUUCUAACAAUCUGGAGAAGAGAACAGUCAGCAGAAGGAUCCGAGGAAGAAUCCAGAGGAAAUCCUUUGAGUUUGAGGACAUUCAGGGCUUCCGCAACUGGGUGUCUGCCACCAGGUCCCGUAAACUUCAAGAAGAAGCAGAUGGCACUGCAGGAGCCAGGCUCAUCUACACACAGUCAGAAGACAACAUCUAUGAGGACAUUAUCUGUCCUGAAAAAGAGAACCCCUAUGAAGAUAUCAGAGUGCUGCCUUUACCCCUAUGGAAGGUCCCAUCUGUUUGGAAAUUACCACCUUCCCAAAGCACCAAUAGAGCUCCAAAGCUUCCUCCAAAACCUUCCUUCCUCAGUCGCAAGACUUUUGAGUUAAAGCCUUCCCUGACAAGUUUGCAAGGGAAAAUUGUGAAGGACACGACCUUGCCUGUCACAUUGACCGACUGGAAGCUGUUCCGAGCAGUAGAGGCUACUAGCAGGAGAAAGAACUUGCCCUGGAUGGUACUAAAAAUACAGGAGAUCUUUGUUUCUAAGCGUGGGAAGAAAAGGGUGAAGUUGCUCAGUCCUGCUGGGAAGGAAAUGCCUCCAACAAAAGGUGAAACCAGUGGAAAUGAAAGUGAUACGGAAAACCAGCCAAAAAGUCGACAUAGGGGCCUGCUACUGGUGCAGUCAGCCUCCAAGAGGAACCCACACUACCAAACAUUGGAGAGAGAUUUAAUAGAGCUCCAGGAGCAGCAGCUGUUUGAGCUGUUUGUGGUAGUGUCACUACAGAAAAGGGCAUCUGAGAUAAAAUACACACCACAAAUCAUACAGCAGUUUCCCAGCAAGCCUGAACAUCGCUUCAGACAGUCAAAGGAUACUGAAGAGAGGCUAAAGGUCAUUCCCAAAUUCUGCUUUCCAGAUCCCAAAGACUGGUUUCCUGCAUCAGACCUUAAAAGUGAAACAUUUUCUUUUGUGUUGACGGGUGAGGAUGGCAGCCGCUGGUUUGGAUACUGCAAGAAGCUCCUGCCAGAAGGGAAAGGGAAGCGCCUUCCUGAGGUGUACUGCAUCGUCAGCCGCCUGGGCUGCUUCAACCUCUUCUCCAAGAUUUUAGAUGAAGUGGAGAAAAGGCGAGAGAUGUCCCCAGCCCUCGUCCACCCAUUUAUGCGUAGUGUAAUGGAGGCGCCUUUCCCUGCUCCCGGACGCACUAUUACUGUGAAGAGCUUCCUGCCAGGAGCAGGAAAUGAGGUUAUGAAACUCUGCCGUCCGUCGGAUUCUCGACUUGAACACGUUGAUUUCGAAUGCCUGUUCAGGUGCCUAAGUGUCUCUCACAUGAUACGGGUCUUUGCCUCUCUCCUGCUGGAAAGGAGAGUGAUCUUUGUUGCUGACAAUUUAAGCACCCUGUCUAAAUGUGGCCAUGCUGCAGUUGCAAUACUUUAUCCCUUCACUUGGCAACACACGUACAUACCAGUGCUACCAACUUCUAUGAUUGAUAUUGUGUGCUCUCCGACUCCAUUCUUAAUUGGCAUUCUCUCCUGCUCAUUACCACAGCUCCAAGACCUGCCUGUAGAAGAGGUUCUGAUUGUUGAUCUUUGUGCUGACAAGUUUUUGCAAGAGGUAUCGGAUGAAGAAGAAAUCCUGCCUCGUAAGCUCCAGGCUGCACUUGUCCAAAUUUUGGAGGAGCGAAAUGAAAUCUUGUCACACGAGCAGAACUGCACACAAGGUGACAUGCCUUUAAACUCCCUGGUCUCCGAAGCUUUUGUGCACUUCUUUGUGGAGAUUGUUGGUCACUAUUCCCUGCACAUGAACGUUACAGAGAAAGGAGAGCGAGUGUUCCAGCGGGAACCAUUCCGUAAAUCCCACACGUCACGCAAUGUGCGCCACUUCCUGCACUUUUUCAUGGAGACGCAGAUGUUUGCAGGGUUCAUACAGGAUCGAGAGCUAAGUAAGAGUGCUGUCAAAGGUCUUUUUGAGGUCCGUGCCUUGGAGUAUCUGGAGAGCAUUCCAGAGACUGAGCCGACUGGGAUGAACAGAAUCCUUCGCACUCUUGGAAGUAAGAUGAAAUUUCUCCAGAAGAAAUGAACGUGCGCUGCCGUAGAACGGCAGAGAGCAGCGAGGAGGCGGGUGGAGAACCAACCCCUGCCCGGAGCCGGACUCACAGCUUCUACCACAGCUGAGGCGGCCACGCCGGGCCGCCAUAACAAGCACCAGUGCCGCAACCAA